AUGACGCGCCGCCGCGUCCGGCAGGACGACUUGUAUGAGUACUCUGACAGUUCGAAUUGGUCGGACGGCGAAUCUUCGUCAAACGAUGACGAAGUGUUCGACCUCGAGGCUGAUGAUAAUGGGUAUGAGACCAGUCUAUCGGACAUUGAUGACUUCGACCCAAACGAUAUCGACGUAGAAGAUGCCGCAAAGCUCUUUAAGGGAAACCUAUACCCUCCAGAAUACUAUGUCAGAGGUAUACACGAGUUUAAGGAGUCGGCGUUCGACGGUCAAGACUAUAGUGCGGGGAGUACCGUACUCCUUGAUGGAAUAGAGGAUCUCUGGAAUCAGUAUUGCGCAUUCAUCAAGCACGACCCUCAGAGGGCCUUUGAGUCUAUCACUCUCGCGUUCCUUAACUCCUUCUUCGACUGGCUACUGAGCCAGAAAACUGGUAAGGAUGGGAGGAAGAAGAGGGGAACGACCAAAAGCAGCUCUCUCGGGACGUACUGGAAGGUAUAUCGGCUCGUCUACGAGAGGGCCACAGGGGAGAAGAUUGAUGCAAAAUUGAACCGGAAAAUGCACAGGGUGUUUAAACUUCUUGCCAAAAAGCACCGCCUGAGCGACCAGAAACGCGAGAAUAGGUGCAUGACAAUUGAUAACCUCAAGGAGCAGGUCGAUACGACGCUACGUACCACAAAGAAGUCGUUUGGCUUAGGAGAGCUCCGAAUCCUUUGUAUCUUGUUCCUCCUCUUACUUGCCCCAACCGGUGCUCGCCCCACCUCGGUCCUUCUCCUCCGCUUCGGAGAUAUCCGCGUAGUAUUAGCCCGAGAUCCUGACGGCGGUCCACACAAGAUCCUGAUCAAGUUUACCCUGGAGUUUACGAAGACGUAUCUUGGCAGCAAAGAUGCGAAAACUGUGACGAUCCCCGAA